AUGGCUUUGAUGUUGAUCAAAUUUGAUCUGAAAAAGCGAGUGAAGCUUGCUCAGACAGUCUGGUUCAUGUACUGGUUCGCUGUAAUGGCUGGUGUGCUGGUCUUCAGCAUGGGCCUCUUCUUUAAGAUUGAGCUGCGGAAGCGCUCAGAAUUCAUGGACAACAAUGAGAGCCACUUCUUGCCAAACCUACUUAUAUUAAUGGGUCUAAUAACCUGUGUAACUAAUGCCUUUGGAGGCAAGAUCUGCUAUGACUCACUGGACCCUAGCAAGUUUGCAAAGUGGAAGCCCAUGCUGAAGAACUUCUUGGUGUCCUGCAUGUGCUUCAACUCUCUGCUGCUCAUGACAGCCCUGCUGUGUUUCUUGAUGAGGAUCCCUCUGCAGUUCACCCUGACUGAGGGGCUGAAGAAUGGCAUGCGGUACUACAAGGACACAGACACACCGGGUCGCUGCUACAUGAAGAGGACCCUGGACCUGAUGCAGAUAGAGUUUCGUUGCUGCGGGAAUGACAACUACAGAGACUGGUUUGAAUUUCAGUGGGUUAGCAACCGCUACCUGGACUUCAGCUCAAAGGAAGUUAAAGACCGCAUUGGGAGCAAUGUGGAUGGCCAGUACCUGAUGGAUGCGGUCCCAUUCAGCUGCUGUAACCCCAGCUCCCCCAGACCUUGCAUCCAGUACCAGAUGACCAACAACUCUGCUCACUACAGCUAUGACCACCACACUGAGGACCUCAAUGUUUGGAAGCGCGGCUGCCGCGACGCCCUGCUAUCAUACUAUGGAAGCAUGAUGAACACCAUUGGAGCUCUGGUGGUGCUGGUCACCAUACUGGAGGUUGCUGUGAUCAUUGGCCUACAGUACAUUCACAGCUCCCUGUCCACCCUCGCUAACCCGGAGGACCCAGAGAGCGAGAGUGAAGGCUGGAUCUUGGAGAAGACGGUGAAGGAGACGUUCACUGACAUCAUGGCCAAAAUGAAGGCCAUGGGCAAAGGCAGCAAGGUGGAGGAGGGGGGCGAGGCAGUGGUUGCAACCGUGAGCUGAGUUAGCCCCCACUGCAAAAACAAACACCGCCUCCACCUGAAGAAGAGAUGGAGGGGGCAUGUGAGUGUGCUACUUUUUUCUACCAACAUUUAUUAUGUAGGGACA